AUGAUACGGAUAUUAUUAAAAUCCAUAGCAAACAGGCGAGUUUUCCCCAAAAGGUCAAUUGCUACCCUAACGGCGCUACCAGACACGUAUCAAAUGUUAUUCAAAACAUGUAGAGAUUUUGCUGAACAAGAGUUGAAACCAAACGCCGCCAAAUACGAUCGAGAACACUUGUACCCCGAGGAGGCUAUAAAAAAAAUGGGUGAGCUUGGCCUUAUGGCCAUCGCAACACCUGAAGAACUAGGCGGAUCUGGUCUUGACUAUCUUGCAUAUGCAAUUGCCCUGGAAGAGAUAUCGCGAGGCUGUGCCUCAGCUGGUGUUAUCAUGUCAGUGAAUAACUCUCUCUAUCUUGGGCCAUUGCUGUACUGUGGAACAGACAAACAGAAAGCAGAAUUUGUGACACCUUUUUGUAUGGGAGAUAGUGUUGGUUGUUUUGCAUUAUCAGAACCAGGAAAUGGUUCAGAUGCUGGUGCAGCAUCAACUACAGCUAAAGAUGCUGGGGACAAAUGGGUCAUCAAUGGCACAAAGUGUUGGAUAACUAAUGGUUAUGAAAGCAAGGCCACUAUUAUAUUUGCCACAACAGAUAAAAGUAUGAAACACAAGGGUAUAUCAGCUUUUAUUGUUCCCAAGCCAAUAAAGGGUUUAGAGCUUGGUAAGAAAGAGGAUAAACUAGGUAUUAGAGGUUCAUCAACAUGCUCAUUAAUAUUUGAGGAUUGUUCAAUUCCCAAAGAGAAUAUCUUGGGCCAGCCAGGAAUGGGCUUUAAAAUUGCAAUGAUGACACUUGAUGCUGGGAGAAUUGGUAUUGCUUCUCAGGCUUUAGGGAUAGCACAGGCCUCAUUGGAUGUAGCAGUAGACUAUGCAUCAAAGAGAAUUGCUUUUGGAAAACCUAUAAUAAAGCUGCAAGCUAUACAAAAUAAAAUUGCUGACAUUGCUGUUAAAUUGGAGUCAGCCAGAUUACUUACAUGGAGAGCGGCUUGGUUGAAGGAUAACAAACAACCAUUCACAAAGGAAGCAGCUAUGGCAAAACUGGCAGCAUCUGAAGUUGCUACUUUUGCAUCACAUCAGUGUAUUCAGGUAUUAGGUGGUAUGGGCUAUGUCACUGACAUGCCAGCUGAAAGACACUACAGGGACGCAAGAAUCACAGAAAUAUAUGAAGGCACCUCUGAAAUACAGAGACUAGUCAUUGGUUUGCAAGUUGUUAAAGAAUAUGGCUUAUGA